UUUUGAGGAACACAUUUUUGAAGACAUAAGUCUGAUGGCCGGACAUUUGCUUCGGAAGCAGAUCAAAGAAAGUAUCAACGUACUGCAUUCAGUGGCGAUAAUUUUUAAAAUAUGGAUGGCAAUACCUACACCCACGUUGUUGUUUUCGUUUAUAAACAUUAUGGAGAAAGUAUCAAAAAAUGGAAAUUCUGAGUCUCUGAAGAAUCGUUUCUCGAAGGAUGCUAUCACUUCGGGAAUGAAUUGGAAAGAAUGGAAGAAAAAUAAAAAAGAAGAACAUAAGAAGUGGAAACAAGAGAAGCUUCUGAAGAAACAAAAGAAACUUGAAGAAAGCAAGAAAAUUUCUGAAGAAAAUGCAGCUUCACUGAGCGAUUCCCAAAUUCACCAGCAUUAUACCAUUAGCAUUGCUGUUCCUGGAUCAAUUCUUGAUAAUGCUCAGUCGCCAGAGCUGAAGACAUAUUUAGCUGGUCAAAUUGCUCGAGCUGCUGCUAUUUUCAAUGUAAAUGAAAUCAUUGUGUUUAGUGAGAUUGCAGUUACAAAUUUUGAUGAUGAUGAUCAAGCUUUAAAACUUCACAAGAAGAAUCAUGGUUGUAUCCAAAUGGUUCGAAUUUUACAAUUUUUAGAAUGUCCCCAGUAUUUACGGAAGUAUUACUUUCCAAUUCACAAAGAUUUAGAGUAUGCAGGGUUAUUAAAUCCUUUAGACAUUCCACACCAUCUUAGAGUGGAUGAUGAAUUCCCAUAUCGAGAGGGAAUAAUCUUAAAUAAACCAGUUAAAGAAGGAAAAGGAUCUUAUGCUUAUAUUGGUUUACAAAAGACUGCCAUUAUUGACAAGAUCAUAGAGCCAAAUGUUCGUGUUACUGUAAAAUUGGACAAAGAACAGACAUCUAAAAAACAUUAUAAAGGUAAAGUGGUAUCACCAUAUGCACCAUAUAAAUGUGACAAAAUUUAUUGGGGCUACAAUGUUAGACUUGCUAAAAGCUUAAGUGCUGUAUUUUCUGAAUGCCCAUUCAAAGGAGGUUAUGAUCUUUCUAUUGGAACUUCAGAUAAAGGCCAAGAUGUGGAUUCCUUUACAUUACCUUCUUUCAAGCAUCUGUUGAUAAUUUUUGGUGGUUUGAAAGGGUUAGAAGGUUGCCUGGAAGGAGAUGAAACUUUAGAAGCUAAUGAACCAAGCGAGCUUUUUAACUUUUACCUGAAUACUUGUCCAUCUCAAGGCUCUAGAACAAUACGAACUGAGGAAGCAGUCCUGAUAACUCUGUCUGUUUUAAGGCCACAGAUCAAUUCUGUAAAUGACAGUCUGUAGAAAAAAAUAUAUGUUUUAAUUUUAAAUCAGUACUGUUAUUUCCAAUGCUAUACUUAAUAUGUUCAGCACACACAUUGCCUAUUGAAAAUUUUCAUACAUGUUGCAUCAACACUCUUAUUUUGAGUAAAUAUACAAUAAAGAAAAUAAUAUAUUUUAAAUUCUA